AUGUCCGGCCCUGAGGAUUCUUCAAGCUCGUUCUUUGUGAUGGGUGGAAAACCUCCAAACUAUGAGGACGUCGAAACCAUCACUGUUGACCCAAACCCAAAGCUGCUGCUUCGACUGGAAGUCUGGCACUUCUCCAGUGACGGUAGAUCGCAAAGGAAGAACAAACGAUUUGCCGAGGCGUUCAAGGAGAUCAGUCUGGAGAACUGGGAUGUGAAGGAGGUCGCCGUUAUUGAACCAGAUGGCGCUUCUAGUCGUGAUGAUUUUGUACCCAUACAGGCAAGAAACCUUUUAUUUAUCCAUCGUGCCAGCACCGGAUCUCGUAGCAUUGUAGCUGAUAAUGUGCUUCUCUCAUUCAAGGUUGAAUUCAAGCAUAAUGAGUACACCGACAACGACCCCAACGGCAGAGCCCAGAACCACGUCCGAGAGCUCUUCAGGCGUAUUAUCCCAUCCGUCAUCUUUCGGUUCUUUCUCAAUAUCCACAGCAAGCCGCAUACUAUGAGCUUGAUUGCUCGCAACGUGUCGCCCGACCACCAGCAGAGAUAUUGUCAGCUUUUCAUUAUCAAUAAGCUGAACAUUCGGGUUGACCAACUUUUGACACCUGCUGGAAUGGACGAUGCGUGUAUCGAUGAGAUUGCAGCCCGAUUAUCUACUCUACCCAAUGGCCUUUCAACGUUGUCGCAGAUUGUGGAGAUAUUUUCUAUAUACCAGCUCCUGCACGGGCAAACCGUGCCCCAAUUUUCCUUUAUGCACAAGCAAGAUGCUGACCAAGUCUUUGAUGUGCGAACAUCCGUUCUUGGGGAUAUCGAACCCCUUGUUAGGAUCGCGGAAGAGUUGAGGCCAUUGUAUGAGGCCAAUAUGGGCCAAACAGUGACGGAGAAGUUGGCGACGGAGUUCCAGGUCGAGUUUGCAGAUGUUAUGGGAAAUCUGGGGAAAGUAAAAAGCGACAUGUGUUUUACUCCUCAGCAAUUAUACGAGACUGGCUUGAAUCUCCGUACGGGAAACACCAUGCUUUCAAGAGCGAGAGACUUUUUAGGGCCGCAUCUAGAUCGUCAAGUCGAGCGAUAUGAGAACGAUAUGCGAUUGCCUAAAAACAUUCGAUUUGGAAGUGUCAUAGCGGGUGCAAGUACUGGAGGGGCGAUUCUUCUUGGCGGUUUGGCCUCGAAUCCUUUGACUUUGACGAUUGCUGUGUUUUUGUACGCGGCUGUAGCAGCGCAGAGCAACAUAGGGGCGAUUUCGAAGAAGAGUGAAGCAAUCAAAGCAUUUUUACGAGAUUUAAAAGAUAUGGCGGAUGUGUUUGACGAAGCUCGUAGGUCUGUCGCCGUGGCUGUGUGCCAGGACAUUUUUAACAUAGGACUCGAUGACUUGGGGCAACACGAGCGAACGGCGAUUCUGCACAGCUUUGGUAUUGAUGUUAGUGCACUGAGGCAUGAAGAAUAUCGCCAGAGUCUUGUUGAGAGCAGUAUUGAGAAGCUGAUGGCUUAUUAUAAGGAGAUGGGAACGGAUUUCGAGCACAUGGUUAUGGUGUGUGGGCAUGAUCUGAAUAAUGCAAAGGUUCCGCUGUAA